AUGGAUAUGAUAUACGUAACCCAGCUUGUUCAGCAAGUUGGUUUCAUUCCUUUCUCGUCAGCUCCUUUCCGCAAACAAGGUCAUUAUGACGAGAUCGAACGUGGCAACGUGCCAAUGCGCCCCAACCUCUGGUACCACGUACUCGUCGAUCAAGAUCCGGGAAUCGCUCGUCAGUGCGGACGACAAGCUGUUGCAGGAUUUUGA